AACCAAACCACCCAACAAUUGCCAAACGCCAACAACCUCGUCUCAACCUUUGAUGAGCCGAAAGCUAGAAAGGUACCGGUACGAUACUGUCUUUAUCAGCUAUUGUGGUGAUCAUGAGUACUAGUAGUUGUAGAAAACGAUUUCUAUUGUUCUUGUUGGCUUUGCUCUCCUGCCAGAACGAAGCCUUGAUUUCCCGGUCUUCUGAACCGCGUACCCAUACAAGAAAUAAUAAACCUUUGUUGGGUACCAAAGCAGGGACUGCGGAGUUUCAAGUGGACACAGAUAUCAAGAUCAAAAUAAGAGACUGCAAAUAUGGCGAAUUGCAUCCUGUAAGUCACCUUGUGCUGGAUGCCUUUUAUGCCGACAAACCCAAUGAUAUUUUCAUGCACAUGUAUCGGCUGGCGGAAUUGAAUCGACUCCAGCAAAACUUUCCCUAUGCGGAUCAAAUGAUGAAGCAUCGCAUGCUGGUGGCUAUGGCAUCAGACAACAAUAAUAAUGAUGAUAUCGUAGGAUUUGUCGAUGUCGAUGCCAGAACGGCGCCUCCCAAUAAGGAAUACAAGCACAACCCCAGACCAAUGCUCAGUGACCUCAUGGUCAAUCCCAGAAUGAGACGGAAAGGAAUUGCCAAGCAGUUGGUCCAAAGAUGCGAAGAGAUUUGUCGGCAAGAUUUCCAAGAGACAGAACUGUACAUUCGAGUCCUGAAGGACAAUGAAGCAGCUAUUGCCAUGUACGAUAGUUUGGGGUAUUCCAUUUAUGACAACCCCGGAGAUCCACCGGAAGUACGCUUACUCCUGAAGCAAUUCGAGCCGAUUGAAACAGUACUGUAGAGCAAUGAAGACAAUCAUAGAAGGCGAUCUGCGAACCCAGCAAGCAUAAGGUACCAUUAACCCUCCUGGGCAAGAAUGGAGGAUGCUACAUGACAUCAAGCAUCCAAUUUGGUGGAUCGUCUCUUCUGCAAUGAAAGAUGUAGCUAUGUAUGUAAAUAGUAGACAACAUGCCACGGCGCUGGUGCGUUAGUUCAUAGU